UAAGUCUCACCUAGAGGCUGCAGCAGCCGGCUUCCCUGAGUGCAAUGCGCUGCCUGCCCAGCCAGGCUUGACUUCCCAGCUUCUCUCAGCAACCAACCGACACAGGAAUAACUGCUCACAUUCUCACUGACACACACAGCUGCAACGAAAAGUUGAUGAGCUGGAACAAAACGUUAAAUAAAAACUUGAUAUUUGCCCGUGGAAAUGGAGCAAAAAGUCAGUAAGCUCACGUAUGGGUGUCAAAGAAGUUCCACAUCGGAUGACGACUCUGGAUGUGCAAUGGAAGAAUACACUUGGGUUCCUCCUGGCCUUCGACCUGAACAGGUCCAGUUAUACUUUGCUUGUCUGCCGGAGGAAAAGGUCCCGUACGUUAACAGCGUGGGAGAAAAGUAUAGGAUCAAACAGCUUCUGUAUCAGCUUCCUCCACACGAUAAUGAGGUGCGAUAUUGCCAGUCAUUAAGUGAGGAGGAGAAGAAGGAAUUGCAAAUGUUUAGUACCCAGCGCAAAAAGGAGGCCCUUGGAAGAGGCAAUAUUAAAUUAUUGUCAAGGGCUGUGAUGCAUGCGGUGUGCGAACAGUGCGGAGGGAAAAUUAAUGGAGGUGAGAUUGCAAUUUUUGUGUCACGAGCUGGACCAGGGGUCUGUUGGCAUCCGUCAUGUUUUGCAUGUUCAACUUGCAACGAGCUGCUUGUUGAUCUGAUCUACUUCUAUCAAGAUGGAAAAAUACAUUGCGGUAGACACCAUGCAGAACUACUUAAGCCAAGAUGUUCCGCCUGCGAUGAGAUUAUAUUUGCUGAUGAAUGCACGGAGGCUGAAGGACGGCAUUGGCACAUGAAGCAUUUUUGCUGCUAUGAGUGUGAAACCGUACUCGGGGGACAGAGAUACAUCAUGAAAGAUGGUCGCCCUUUUUGCUGUGGCUGCUUUGAAUCUCACUACGCAGAGUAUUGUGAAUCCUGUGGAGAACAUAUAGGUGUUGACCAUGCACAAAUGACCUAUGAUGGACAGCAUUGGCAUGCUACAGAGACCUGCUUCUCAUGUGCCCAGUGUAAAGUUUCUCUUCUGGGGUGUCCGUUUCUUCCCAAAAAGGGUCGAAUUUAUUGUUCAAAAACCUGCAGCCUUGGAGAAGAUGUUCACGCUUCUGAUUCUUCAGACUCUGCGUUCCAGUCUGCAAGGUCAAGAGAAUCUAGAAGAAGUAUACGUAUGGGGAAAAGCAGCCGAUCUACAGAUCAGUGCAGACAAUCACUUUUGCUGUCUCCAGCAUUAAAUUACAAGUUUCCUGGACUAUCUGGUAAUGCCGAUGAUACUUUGUCACGCAAGAUGGAUGAUUUGAAUUUAUCAAGGCAAGGAGCCGGAUUUGAUAAUGAUUAUUGGAAAGGACGCGAUGAACAAGAUACUCCAGAGGAUCACGAAGAAUGGGCUGAGCAUGAUGACUACAUGACUCAGUUGCUUUUAAAGUUUGGAGAAAAAGGACUCUUUCAGCAGCCGGCCGAUGACAGUCGAUCUAGUGAGCACUGGAUGUCAGAAAAUAUCCAAAGCAAUAAUGAUUUAAAAAGAAAUGGUCACAGUCAAAGUUUGGCAAGUAAAAAAUAUCAGGCGGAUAUGUACUGGACCCAAUCACAGGAUGGUUUGGGAGAUUCUGCUUACGGCAGCCACCCAGGGCCAGCAAGCAGCAGAAAAAUACAAGAACUGGAUAUCGAACAUGGAGCCUCUGGUUACAAACAUGACACAACGCCAUGGUAUAAAGGCUCAUUGGAGUGUUUAUCUGAUGUUCUGAAACCACAAAAUACAAACAUUUGUGAUUCCAUGGAUUCAUUGGCAUUGUCAAAUAUAACAGGAGCAUCAGUAGAUGGAGAAGGUACUGCAAGACCCUCCCAGUUUUCCUUUCAAAAUUUUCCAGAUAUUGAUGGAAGGGAUUGUGAAAAAAUGAGCAAUAUGGGAACUCUUAAUUCGUCCAUGCUCAAUAGAAGCACAGAGUCUUUGAAAAGUUUAAGUUCUGAGAUUUGCCAGGAAAAGCCACUUCCAGAAGAAAAACCAGUGCAAAUAUCUGCGCUGAGAAGGUCAAAGUCUCAAACAAGACCUCAAGUCAAGUUUUCUGAUGAUGUAAUUGACAAUGGUGACUAUAGCAACAUUGAAUUGCGGCAGCCGCCAAUGAGUGAGAGAAGUAGGCGUAGGGUUUAUAAUUUUGAGGAACGCAGUCAAAGACCUCACCAUCAUCGUCGCAGAAAAAGUCGUAAAUCCCGAUCUGAAAACGCACUUCAUCUUGCUGCAGAUAAACCAUCUGGAAAAGAGAAAUUGAGAUUUUACACUUCUGAGGAUUAUGAGCGAAUGUUUCAAAAUAAAGCACCUCAUGAGUUGCCGUCAUACCUUCAGAAUGCUGAACUUCGUGGACAGUACACAAAUGCUGCUUCUGGAUAUGGACUGCAAGGCCAAUUUAUGGAUAAAUUCCUGGGGCUAUAUGGGGAGGACGAUGAUUCCUGGUGUUCAACCUGUUCAUCCUCCUCUUCAGAUUCAGAAGAAGAGGGCUAUUUUCUUGGACAACCUAUCCCUCAGCCAUUACAACAAAGGUUUCAAUAUUACACAGACUUGUCUAGUCCAUCAACUGCACUACCCAGCUCUCAUUUUGGCCAAAGGACCACUAAAUCCAAAAAGAAAAAGGGACACAAAGGCAAAAAUUGUAUUAUUUCUUAGAGAGUUGUUGGUUCCCUAAUUUCAUUCCUGUGAAGAAAAAUACACACAUUUUUAAACUAGAGACUUAUUAUGGUUGCUACUUUUUUUUUUCUUUGCUAAUGUGUAAUAUAAAGAGGAUGGCUGGUGUUUACAAUUCUUAUUUCCCCCGGAUCAGGUUUAGUAGCAGACCUGGAUGAACCAUUUCAGGUUUGACGUUAUUUUGCAUUUUAUCCAAUAAUGCUGUUUAUAAUAAAACCUAGGAUUACGCUUCACACUCUGAUGUACAAAGACUUCCCUUUUUCCAUUUAUAUAAGUGAGAUGCUCUCAUGUCUUUGGACAUUUCAGUCCACGGCACUCUGAUGAUUCAAGGAUACAUAUUCUUUGAAAACUCCGUACUUUUCGUGAUUUCAUAUUUUACACUUUAUCUUCGUUUUCCGUACUGGCAUUCUAGUUACCAAGGAUGCAAUUAAUAUUUUUUUUGUGUUCUUUUAUAUUGCAGUUAAAAAGAUAUGCACAUGGACAUUUUAAAGUGAACUAGUUUCAUUUUGUACUUUUUUGUUUAGCCAGUAUUGUUGAAGGAUAUUAAGUUCUGAAAAUAUUUUAAGCCUUUGCUAAGUGUAGAAUAUUUAGCUGCAAAUUAUUUAUAAUGUAGCAUUUUAAACAAAUUUAGCCCUAAUUUAACUGUUCAAAUAAUGUAUAUAUUGUAUAUGUUAAAUCCAGAAACUGAUAUUUUUUAUAUCCCUCAAGAUAUCAUUAAUAUGGACUUUGAGAGAAGCAUUACUGUUGAUAUUUUUUAACGUUCUUGGAGGACUUGUAAUAAGUCAAAUCGUGACGGGACUUUUAAUGAUGCAGAAGAAUUUUGUUGUCCAAGUUCCCUUUGCUGUUGAACAAAAAAAAACAAAAAACAUUUUUUCAAAGUUUACUGGAACAACCACCACAAUAGUUUGCUUCUCUUAAACCUUUGUUUGCAAUAAUUGCUAAGUUUGUUUGGUAUUUUUGAAAGAUUGACUCACUUUCUGUGGAUUAAAAUAUAAACAA